AUGGUCAAACCUCCGCUUCGGCCAGCACCUGGCCGCGGUGGAGGAUCCAACGCCAACCCGAAAUCAAUGUUGACCUGGGCAGUGCUCUUUCUUCUCCUCGCUGCCACCCAGUCUCAAUCCCUGCACCAAUCCGAUAUUCCCCAGAGACUGGUGGCCGCAACGCAGAGCCUCCGUUCUGAGUCGAGCCGACGCCCUGCUCGAGCUGGCCGCAGCCCAGCCGAGAUUUCUCUCCUAAAGAACGAUAUCACCACGGCCAGAUUUUAUAGCACCGAUGAAGAUACCGAACACCAAAAACUCCGUGCCUUGGCUCCAGCCUACGACUCUCUGAGUGGCAGCGCUGUCAGAGCACCUCUUGUUCAGCAGUCUAUCGAGUCCUCUUCCCCAGGGGGGCUUUCUGCGCUUCCUUCAGCGCGGCUGCUGCAAGAUUGGGAGGUGGAGAACAUUGUCCUAUUAGCCACCAUUGAUGGCACCAUACACGCCCGUGACAGAAAGACAGGCAAUGAAAGAUGGUCACUGGGCAUCCCCAACAGUCCCAUGAUUGAGACCAUCCAUCACCACGUGAACCGCAGUGAUCUGGACUAUGAUGGGUCUCAAUAUGAAGAUGACUACAUGUUCAUUGUGGAGCCGAGCAGAGACGGGAACCUCUACGUUCAACACCGAGACCCCAGAAUUGGUCUCCAACGACUUGGCGUCACUGUCAAGUCCCUCGCGGCCCAGACACCCCAGUUUGUGGACAAUCCGCCCAUUGUCACCAUCUCCUCGCAAGAAACAACGGCGUAUAUCGUGGAUGCCGCCACGGGGAAUAUCCUCCAGCGCUUUGACAAAUAUCGUGGCUUUGGUGACGACCAGAGCCGCAGUUGCCGACGACUGAGUGGUUUCGAACUGGACGAUCCAGCGUGUGACCCCAUCGGGACCAUCAAUCUGGGAAGAGUUGAGUACACUAUCCAGAUAACCCACAGAAUCACAAGCCAGCUACUAUGCACCAUCAAGUUCGCCGAAUGGUUACCAAACAAAAUGGACAGCGAUCUGCAACAGCAGUAUGUGGCGCCCCUUGACAAUUACCACAUUCAGAGCUACUACAAUGGUCGAAUCAUUGGUAUUGACGAUUCGGAAAAUGGCAAGAUUCCACGAUUCACGCAGAUGUUUGACACCCCCGUGGCUCGCGUCUUCGACGUUGUUCGUCCGCUCGACAACCACGAUGAAUCUGCCAACCUGGUAUUACUUUCUCGACCUACUGACUCGCCUUUACUCUCGUCUGCCGACGUAUGGCGGAAUGAGAUGCAACGAGCCGAACGAGUGUUCGUAAACAAGACUGAAGCAGGAGUCUGGUAUGCCAUGUCCGAACUGUCCUAUCCCGGCGUCACUAGCGGUGCGGCACCGGCAAGCUCAAAUUGGAACUACGACGCCCAACCCUUGGACUUAGAUGGCGACCUGGACGAGAUUGUCGGUGUUCAUAUGCUAUCUGGCCACGAGGGCACAACCCCAGUCCGCCUGACAAUUUCAGGGCCCCCGCCUGUGACGGAUUUAGUCGAAGAGGCGGAGAAGGCGAUGGCUGCUUUGGAGUCAAAAAUCCCGCCUGCCUUGUUACCCGUCGUGAGCCACCCUCUGAUGUCUGUCUUCAACAUCAUCUGUGUGAGCAUCUUCUUGUUUGUGAUUGGUCUGCAAAUGAGGUCACCCAUCAUGGUAAAGUUACAACGUUUCCUCCGCAAGGCAGGCGUCGAAGUGGCGGUCGACAAGAUCCAGGCUCAAACUCCCAGCCCAACCUCCGCUGCUCCUGAAGAGCAAGAACUGCCAGUCGCUGAGGUAGCGAACGAGAAAGAUGCACCUGGGGUCGUGUCAGAAGCCCUAGAGAAUGCCAUCACCACCCCAGCUCGAAGUCGAGCUCACAGCGUGGCCGCCUCCGUUGCCAGUCCUGUCAAAACCGCCAGGGUGCCUGACCCCAAUGACGACAGCUCCGAUGCUGAAUCAGAAGAUGGAAAGGAUCAACCUGAUUCCAGCUUCAAUGGCACAGCUGAAGGUGAAGCACAGCCUCGCCGCAGGCACGCCAAACGUGGGAAACGAGGGGGAAAGAAGAACAAAAAAGGCAAGAAGACAAUGGAUCCCGAGGCUAUGGACGAGAAAGAACAGCUUGUUGCUGAAAUCCCGACGAAGGACGGGCUGCUCCAGGUUGGAAAGCUUCGAAUCGACACGAAGGAAGAUCGAUGUCUGGGCCGCGGCAGCAAUGGCACCGCCGUAUUUCCUGGCUCUUUGGACGGCAGAGAAGUUGCUGUCAAGCGCUUGAUCAGGACUUCCAACAGCCUGGCUGCCAAAGAGAUCAAACAUCUGCUGUCAAGCGACGAGAAUCCGCACGUCAUCCGAUACUUUGGAAAGGAAGAGUCCCAACACUUCACCUAUAUUGCUCUCGAACGAUUCACCACCUCGCUCGACCAAUUCAUUGAGCGUCCGCUCCAGUAUCCUGACCUGGUCAAGUUGCCAGAAGGCUUCGAUGUCAAGGACGCACUCCGUCAGAUUACUGAUGGAGUUCAACAUCUACAUUCACUCAAGCUGGUUCAUCGGGAUAUCAAGCCUCAGAAUGUGCUCGUCAAGGCUGUGAAGAGCAAUCGACCCACCAAUGGACUGCCCAAGCUCCAGUUUGUCAUUUCUGACUUUGGUCUAUGCAAACCGCUCGAGGAAGGUCCAGAGUCUACGUUUGCUCCUACAGCCAACCAUACAGCUGCUGGCACUACGGGAUGGAGAGCUCCAGAAUUGCUCGUCGGUUCCCGAUCAGCGGUCACGGCACUAAACGUCAGUUCAAACUCAACGUCUAAGUCAACCACGCAUUCUAGUGAAACCACUGUCAUUGAUCCGCCAUCCGGUCGUCGGGCCACCAAAGCGAUAGAUAUCUUCUCCCUGGGUUGUGUAUUCUACUAUGUGAUGACCCAAGGUCGCCACCCCUUUGAUGUUGGUGGGACAAGUCUGGGUCGUGACCUCAACAUCAAAGAGAACAAGUUCAGCACAGAAGAUCUACGACUCCACGACUACCAAUUUGACGCCGACGACCUCAUCAUGCAAAUGCUCAAACACAAUCCCAAGGAACGACCCACGACAGACCAGAUCCUUCGCCAUCCAUACUUCUGGGACGUUGCUGACAAGCUCGAAUUUCUCUGUGAUGUGUCGGACUGCUACGAGCGUGAAAAGAACUCGGUGCCCAACAUCCACGACGAGAAUGCUAUGCGGACACCCUCUGAGAAGGCAUCUCUAGCUGAACUCGCUGCCCUGGAGACACUUGCUCCCAACGUCAUCGGACCGUCCAAGGACUGGCUCCGCGCUCUUCCCAAGACGUUCCUGACGGAGAUGGGCAAGCAGCGCAAGUAUACAGGCUCCAAGAUGAUCGACCUCCUCCGAGUGAUCCGGAACAAGAAGAAUCAUUUCCACGACUUGCCCGAUGAUGUCAAAGAGCAGAUGUUGGGUGGGAGUGCGAAUGGGUAUUAUGAGUUCUGGGCGAAGAGAUUCCCGAGUCUGCUCAUCAACUGUCAUUGUCUUAUCCAGGAAAGGGACCUGGUCGGGCGGUUCAAAAUGGAGAGAUGGUUCGAGUAG